AUGGCAGAAUCGUUGCAUUCACAAGUCAGUAAAAACGACAGGGAUACCCAUGUAAAAAUUCCGGUGGAUUGCAUAUCAUUGGAAUGCAACCAAGGAAAAGGCGCAGCCCUGGCAAUGGGGAUCCGUCACAUAUCUGCACAAACUUCCUCCACGACGGAUAUCUACAAUUCGCUGGUUCUCAUUGCUGAUGCCGAUGCCAGUGCUGAUAUCACCUGCCUGGAUGACUUGUACAAAGCGCUACAAAAACUGACAAUGCAACCGAGUAGCCCAGACGUUCAAUUCACGGUGCCAGCAUUGGUAGUAGGUCGACGCAUUUAUAAUGAUGAUAGUCAAGUGUCUCCAAGUCGAGUGAUCCUGCGAUGGGGAUUCCGAACGGCGGUGCGGAUCCUUUGUGGAGACUUGGGAGUUUCGGAUACCCAGUGUGGAUUCAAGCUCAUGACGUUGUCAGCUGCUGAAAAGCUGUACCACGAGCUCAAUUUGCAAGGUUGGUCACAUGAUGUCGAGGUUCUUCUCAGAGCAAAGCUCUGUCGUUUUCUUGUGACGGAACAUAAUGUACGAUGGCAGGACAAGGAGGGCUCUAAACUGGUAACAUCUGCUGGGGGUACUGUUGGUGCCAGUCUUCAAAUGCUAUGGGAGAUUGCUCAAUUGAGACUGAGCUACUCUCUUGGGAUUUGGAAUUUCAGCUACGAUAGUGAUUGA